CCCACAAAUAGACAGCCAGCAGCGGCUGCAGGAGGGAGAUACUGAGGCUCCUGCAGGCUGAUUGUAGCAGCCUGCGUUCGCAGGUGCAUCGCUCCUCGCUGAUCAGCCCGUGAAGGACACGCGGCGUCGCCCUGACCGAGUCCACUUGACUCCUUGGAGGGGAAAAAAGAAGAGGAAAAAAAACAACAACAACAAAAAAACAAAGAACUCAAUUCUGGGAGAAUGUCACCGCAAGUACAAUGAGCGCCGGUUUGUCGCACGUCAUCCAAAAGCCACGUCUGCUCCGUCGACUUUAGAGUCGCCUUUGGAAUUAAAAAACAAAAAAACACAGAAAGUGGAUCCAGCGACUUUCCAGCCAUGAGGAACACUUGGCCGGCGUCUCCCCGGAGUGUGAUUUGGAAAUAUUGGACAUGUCUAAUUGCGUGUCUCUCCUGGAUUCAGUACACUUACGGGAUGCCUCAUGUUAUUCGAAUAGGGGGGAUUUUCGAGCAGACAGAUGGACCGGUUUCACUCGUCAGCGCGGAGGAGCUUGCCUUUAAAUUUGCCGUCAAUAACAUCAACAGAAACAGGACGUUGUUGCCAAACACCACACUGACAUAUGACAUUCAGAGGAUUAAUAUCUACGACAGCUUCGAGGCAUCGAGAAAAGCUUGUGACCAACUGUCUUUAGGCGUGGUCGCAAUAUUCGGACCCUCGCACAGUUCAUCGUCCAAUGCCGUGCAGUCCAUCUGUAAUGCCCUGGAGGUGCCACACAUCCAGGUGCGGUGGAAACAUCACCCCAUGGACAGCAGGGACACCUUCUAUGCUAACUUGUACCCAGAUUACUCCUCACUUAGCUACGCUAUCCUGGACCUGGUGCAGUUCCUCAGAUGGAAAACAGCCACCGUCGUGUACGACGACAGCACAGGUCUCAUCAGACUCCAGGAGCUGAUAAUGGCUCCCUCCAGGUACAACAUAAGGUUAAAGAUCAGGCAGCUGCCGGUCGACACUCAGGACACGCGGCCUCUUCUGAAAGAGAUGAAGAGAAGUCGAGAGUUCCGCAUCAUCUUCGACUGCAGUCAUCACAUGGCAGCACAGAUUCUUAAACAGGCCCAGACCAUGGGGAUGAUGACGGAGUAUUACCACUACAUCUUCACCACUCUGGACCUGAUGGCCAUCGACCUGGAGCCGUAUCGCUUCUGUGGCGUCAACAUGACUGGGUUUCGCAUCCUCAACGUGGAAAACCCCCAGGUGGCGUCCAUCGUGGAGAAGUGGUCAAUGGAACGGCAGAUCCCCCCCAAACCAGACUCGGGGCUGCUGGAGGGCAUCAUGACGUCGCACUGGGACGGACUGACGGGACGACUGUCCUUCAACAAGACCACUGGUCUCCGCACCGACUUCGACUUGGACAUCAUCAGUCUGAAGGAGGACGGCCUCGAGAAGGUGGGGAAGUGGAGCGCGUCAGGAGGUCUUAACAUCACGGAGAUGCCGAAGCGAAAGGGCGUGAACAUCACCGACUCCCUGGCGAAUCGCUCGCUCGUCAUCACCACCAUCCUGGAGGAGCCAUAUGUCAUGCUUAAGAAGUCUGACAGGGCGCUGGUCGGGAACGACCGCUUCGAGGGAUUCUGCAUCGACUUGCUGAAAGAGCUCUCCAACGUCCUGGGCUUCACCUACGAGAUCCAUCUGGCUCCGGAUGGAAAGUACGGCUUUCAGGACGACAAGGGCCAAUGGAACGGCAUGAUCAAGGAGCUCAUCGAACACAGAGCUGAUCUGGCCGUGGCUCCUCUCACCAUCACCUACAUGCGUGAGAAGGUGAUCGACUUCACCAAGCCUUUCCUCAACACCGGUAUCAGCAUCCUGUACCGCAAACCAAACACCACCAACAGCGGCUUCUUCUCCUUCCUGAACCCCAUGACGCCCGACAUCUGGGUCUACAUCCUCCUGGCCUACCUCGGCGUUAGCUGUGUCCUCUUUGUCAUUGCCAGGUGGGGGCACAAUUCAUCUGCUAUUCUCGCCGCCGCACGUCCGUGUACUAAUCUGUGGGGCCCUCUUGCUCCCCCUGCAGGCUCAGAACUGAUGCCCAAAGCCCUGUCCACCAGGAUCAUCGGUGGGAUAUGGUGGUUCUUCACGCUGAUCAUCAUUUCCUCGUACACCGCUAACUUGGCAGCGUUUCUCACCGUGGCGAGAAUGGACUCGGCGGUGGACUCGGCGGACGACAUCGCCAAGCAGACCAAGAUCGAGUACGGCGUCGUCAAGGACGGCGCCACCAUGGCUUUCUUCAAGAAAUCAAAGAUCUCCACCUACGAGAAGAUGUGGGCCUUCAUGAGCAGCAAACCCAGCACGUCGAUGGUGAAGUCCAUCGAGGACGGCGUACAGCGAGUACUGAAGUCGGACUACGCCCUCAUUAUGGAGUCCACCACUAUCGACUACAUCACAAGGAGAAAAUGUAAUCUGACACAGGUGGGAGGACUCAUCGACAGCAAAGGCUACGGCAUCGGCACCCCCCUCGGCUCCCCUUACAGAGACAAAAUCAGCAUCGCCAUCCUCAACAUCUUGGAAGAUGGGCGCCUACACAUGCUGAAAGAGAAGUGGUGGAGUGGGAGCAGCUGUUUGGCUGAAGAGCACCGUGAGACGGGGCCCAUGGGUAUCCAGAACCUGGGUGGUAUUUUCAUCGUGCUGGCUUCUGGCCUGGUGGUGUCUGUUUUCGUAGCGAUUGCUGAAUUCGUCUACAAAUUGAGGAAGACGGCGGAGCGUGAGCAGGUCUUUGUGCAGUGCCAUGGUGGACGAGAUCAGACUGUCGUUCACCUGCGAGAGGCGGGUAAAACACCGGCCUCCGCCCCCGGCCAUGGUGAAGACGGAUGCGGUGAUAAACAUGCAUGCCUACAACGACCGACGACUCCCAGGAAAGGACAGCGUGAGCUGCAGCACCAGGAUGACCCCUGUCUUCCCAUGACACUCUACCCCCCCCACGGCAAGAGCCUCAUGAGCAGCGUGUCGGGGGGCGUGCCAGAGACUAGGGACAACGGCAUAGAUGCCAUCAGCAGAUACACCAUCAACCACAGUGACAUGGGGACACUCACCAAACACGGCCAUCUCAAAAUGGCAGCGUCAGCCACACAGGUAUGACGGCGUUCUCCGACAACGACAACGUGGGCCAG